GAAGAGUCAAGUAGAACGGAACCGUUCUGUCCCAGUUUUGUUAUUGUUUGGUUACAAAGUAACUAGAACAGAAUGACUCCAACUAGGGAAUAUUCUCCUCAGAUCCGGAACCAUUCCGCUCCAAAAAAUCAAUGGGACGGAGCCGCUCCGUUCCAAUCCCGCUCUCACAGUCACGCUCCGUUCCGUUCACUCUGCAACCAAACAAAAAACAGAACCGCUCUAUUCCAGAUUACCAAACACAUAACAGAGUGGCUCCGUUCCUAGAAUCAAGAAUGGAACGGCUCCGUUCUAUUUGGCUCCUCAACCAAACACUACCUUAAUCACAGCGUUGGCCUCGCCAACCGCUCCGCACAUCGCACCCUUGAACCACAAUCAACCGUGCUGUCAGCUGCUAUUGAUGCACAAGACACACACAUCAAGCACCUUAAAUCCUGAAUCGACAGCCUUUAAUGUCACAAUGAAUGCGACGACGAAAACUGAGCAACGCCUUCCCCCACCCAUUUGGCCAUCGCCAGCUGUCCAUUCGCGUAUCCGACAGCUUCCAGGACGGAUCGAAACCGUCGGUGCCACCCAUCAGCUCUUGGAUCCUACGGCUCAGAAAACCAGACGCACGGCUUGCCCACCAACACACAACACCUCUGCAUCUGACCUCAGGCGCAGCGGAUCCGAGCACGGCCACACCACCCGCGCGGCUCAUCAUAAAGAGGCGGGCUGCUGCCCCUCCCCUCCUCGCGCCGCUUGCUUUGUCCGUUGUCGCAGAGCGAGGAAGCACGCAGAGAGUGAGUAAAAAAGAAAGAGAGGGAUGCCAAUGGAGAGGUCGGUGUCGUGCGCGGAGAGGGGCAGCACGUUCGGCGGCGGGGCGGCGGUGGACGUCCGGAGCUACAGCGCCUCCUACGCGAGGCCCCAGCCGCGGCCGCCGACGUCCAGGGUGCAGCGCGCCAGGAGCGUGAGCGCGUGGACGCGCCCGGCGCCGCCGCCCGUGCAGCGGACCGGGAGCACCAAGAGCGGCGCCGCCGCGGCCCGCCCCACCCCGGGGCUCAACCUGCGCUCGUACAGCGCCUCCUACGCGGCCUCCUACGGGCCCAGCCUUGUCGGCGGCGGCGGCGGCGGCGGUGGCGGCGGGGAGCUGAAGCGCUCCGGCAGCGUCACCAACUGGACCUCCGCCAACCGCCGCUCCGUCAACCUCAGGGGGUACACGCCGUCCUUCGCCGCGCUGGACGACACCGCCGCGGCGGUCCCGGCGCCCAGGAAGGUGCAGGCGGUGAUGGACGACGCCGAGCUGCAGCGGAGGAAGCGCCUGGUCGUGUACAAGACCUACGACGUCGAGGGGAAGGUCCGGGAGUCGGUGCGCCGCGGCGUAAACUGGAUCAAGGGGAAGUGCUCCAGCGUGGUGUACGGCUGGUGGUGAUCGCUAGCUCCAUCGUCGGCCCAGCCCACCCCGCCACCGGCCGAUCUCUCCGCCGUUCCGGUCCAUCAGAGUGGUACUACUACCUAUGAGUUGAGCCUUUCUUGGUGCACGCCCAUCGUACCUCCUCUUGUUUCUUCUCCCUUGAUCUUUUUCCCCUCUUGGAGUUAGGAUUUUUUUUGGUUUUAUCUUUAGGAGAUGGAUUUGGUGGUAUGUAGAAUGAGCAGUGGAGCUUCUCUUGGUGAUUUGUGAGGGUGGGGAGGUUGGGUGGUGGUGACAUGGCUGUUGGGAUGACAAAUCCCAAGAGAAUGCUUCAGGCUGUGGUGUCCUACUCCUUUGUACAGAUGAGAUAUAUCAUCUUUCCAGCAUACUUGCUAGUAUCUGGUCUAUGUAAAUAUAGGUGCUGCAUAUAUAGAAUAAGACUUUUGUAAAUUACUACUCCCUCCGAUGUCUUUCCGACAACGGCACAGUAUAUAAAGUAUAGCUUUAAUCAA